UCUUCCCCCUUUAAGAGGAGAGAGGCCUGGGGGAGGAGACGGAGGGAAAAGGCGGCCCCUCUUUCUCCUCCUCCUCCGUUUCCCUGGGCGGCCAUUUGCCUCCUCCUCCCUCCUCGCCUCUUUGGGCUCAAGGAAAGGAAGAGGAGGAGAAGUAAAGAUGCUGAGUUUCUUUCGACGGACCCUUGGGCGCAGGUCUAUGCGCAAGCAUGCUGAGAAAGAAAGGUUAAGAGAGGCUCAGAGAGCUGCCACUCAUAUCCCUGCAGCUGGAGAUGAGAAGUCUAUAAUCACAUGCAGAGUCUCCUUACUGGAUGGGACAGAUGUCAGCGUGGACUUACCGAAAAAAGCCAAAGGACAGCAUCUGUUUGAGCAGAUCAUGUACCAUCUGGACCUCAUUGAAAGUGACUACUUUGGACUACGAUUCAUGGAUUCAGCACAAGUGGCACACUGGUUGGACAACACAAAGAGUAUUAAAAAACAAGUUAAAAUUGGCCCUCCAUACUGUCUGCAUCUUCGUGUAAAAUUUUAUUCCUCUGAGCCAAACAACCUACGUGAAGAACUCACAAGAUAUUUAUUUGUUCUUCAGCUAAAGCAGGACAUUCUGAGUGGCAAGUUGGAGUGUCCCUUUGAAACAGCAGUGCAGCUGGCAGCUUACAUGUUACAGGCUGAACUUGGUGAUUAUGACCCUGCUGAGCAUAUCCCUGACAUAGUGUCAGAAUUCAGGUUUGUGCCCAACCAAACUGAAGAGAUGGAACUGACCAUUUUUGAGAAAUGGAAAGAAUACAGGGGACAAACACCAGCUCAGGCAGAGACAAAUUAUUUGAACAAAGCAAAAUGGCUGGAAAUGUAUGGAGUAGACAUGCAUAUAGUCAAGGCAAGAGAUGGUAAUGAUUAUAGCCUCGGACUGACGCCUACAGGCGUUCUCGUGUUUGAAGGAGAAACCAAGAUUGGAUUGUUCUUCUGGCCAAAAAUCACAAGGUUGGACUUCAAAAAGAAUAAGUUAACCUUAGUGGUGGUUGAAGAUGACGAACAGGGAAAGGAGCAGGAGCAUACUUUUGUGUUCAGGCUGGAUCACCCAAAGGCCUGCAAACACUUGUGGAAGUGUGCAGUUGAGCAUCAUGCUUUCUUCCGCCUCCGUGGACCCGUCCAGAAAGGUUCCAGUCGAUCAGGCUUCAUUCGGCUGGGGUCACGGUUCAGAUACAGUGGGAAAACAGAGUACCAGACAACAAAAACAAACAAAGCUAGAAGAUCAGCAUCCUUUGAAAGAAGGCCUAGCAAACGAUACUCAAGGAGAACAUUACAAAUGAAAGGAAACACAAACAAGUCUGAAGAAGCUAGCCUUCCAAAUAAUGUUUUCAGCCAAAAUAACGGAUCACAGCAGAACUGGAGUGCGAUGACAGCCCUUCCUUCUGUAACAGCAGUUCCCUCUGGCCCAGUCUUAGUUGAAAUAGAAAAUCUUCCAAGGAGUCCUGGAACUAGCCAGCAAGAAAAGAAAUGUAUACCUCCAAUUGUUGACUUACUGGAUAGCAAGGAAUUACUGGAAACGUGUAUUGACAAGAUAACUGGUUUCCCUCCUGCUGGAGGAUCAGCUGAAGCUCUGGAAGAAACAGACCUUUCUUUCUCUCCUCAUGGCACAAGAGAGCACCCCUCUGAGAAGGCAGAUCCUGUUGUAGUGAUUGAGGAUCCAUCAUUGAAAUUGAAACAGCCUGAAGCAGAGCUCAGCCCAGUGCUAGUUUCACAAUCAAACAUAAACAUUAAUGUCAGCAAACAGGAGGAGGUGGUGAAGCUGACAGAGAAAUGUCUCAACAAUGCAAUUGAAAGCCCCGUGAGCACCUCAGUGCGUCUGCCUCCAGACAUCAAGAGCAACAUUCUGAAGGCCCAGGCAGAAGCAGCCCACAAGGUCACAAGGGAGGAUGGCAUGUCUGGCCCCAAGAACACAAAUAUCCAGGAUGCUGCUACCAGGAGCAUUCUUCUGUCAGGAAAACUUCAGAACAGCCCACUGCGACCCCACAGCCCAGCGUUUCCGGAGUCAAGAGAGGGACUGAAAGUGAUCCCAGUCUCAAAUGCCUUUGUGCCGAGUGAGCUAAGUGCAGAUAAUGCUGCCGCCAGCCCUGAAGAUUCUCGGACUCCUCAUAAUCCGGCUCCUGCAGAGGAGGCUGCUGUUGUAAAGAACUCUCCAGAGGACAUCGAGAUUUUGUUAACAUCACAGACAGAGAAUUUAAUUGACUUUUCAGAAGCUAUGCCUCGGGUGUCUUCUCCACCCACAAUUAUGCCCAGGUGGUUAGUGCCAGUAAGUUACUGGAGUGGACUGGUUUCUAAUGGGCCUUUGGGGAAUGACAUUGCUUUAGCUCUUAAGGCAGCAAAAGGAAGCAGUGAGGCACUCUCAGUCUUAGCUGGCUCUCCACCACCCCUGUACACACCUGAAAUCAUACCCAGUCCUGUUGCUGAAGAUGCUACAACAGGGCCAAAGUGUUUACUUACCACUGAACUCUGAGCUUUAGUAAAGUCUCAUCUUCAUAGCUUCUUCGGCAAGACCUUGGAAAGGACUUUCUUGAAAUUAACCAAUGCUCUGACCAUGGUUAAAAAGAAAUGCCUGGGUGUUUUACUGUGGAUCCUUUCAACUGGAAUUAGAACUUAACUAUAGGACGAAGAGCUGCUGGUAAGCCUGAGCAUCUCUUCAUAAAAUACACUGGAACAAGUUCUGAUACGUAAUGAAAUCUAUGAGGUUUCCAUCCAUUAGUAUUGCAUAGAACACUGCUGAUUUAUAAAUGUAAAUAGAAAGUGAUUGCUGUGAUCAGCCAGUUAACCAUUAUCUGGCUAAGUUUACUUGCAUCCAGUAAAUGGAAGGAUUAGAAUUUCUAAGGCCACCUGCUGGUUGUUGAUGUAAGAACAAAUAUUACUGAUGACAUUUUUUAAAAAAUAGAGCAACCUCUUCUUUUUCUAUGUAACCACAUUCUCUGAUCUUUUUUGUAUUGAUAUCUGACCAAUCUUGUUGGCCUUAAUCCACUUUCUAGAUUCUGUACUUUUUCUCACAAUGUAAGGAAGGAACUGAAACACAGGACCACCUUAGCAACUUUUACACCAUCUGCAGGUUCCUCUCUCUAGUCUGGACAAGGAAGCAAUUUUCUAUCAAACAUUUAUAGCUACAGCCAUUUGUAUGUGGAACAUUUGCACAUUCUGUCCCUUUCUGUAUAAAUUGUGUCUAAAAUACUGUAAGAUAGGCUAUAAGCGUACCUUCUGUGGGGGAGAAAUGAAAAGAGAAGGAGAUGUUCCUUUGUAGUUUCCCACUGGAUGGUGUUUAGACUUGGGAAGAAAUAAUCUGAAGCUAUUAAAGUUCUCUGAAUAUUUCAGUUUCCAUUCUACAAAGUGCAUUACACUUGUAUUGCAGACAUUACAUGUUAAUGUAACUAAUUAAUUAGAGUUAAUGUCCUUUCUGUGUUCGAUCUUAAACUUUUUUUUCAAGUGAGGUUGCAAACGGAAUGUGUCUGUACUGAUUGGAAAAGCAAAGCAUGCCAACAACCCUUCUACCUUCUUUAAAUUAACCAGUGACUAGGCAUUUAGAGAAAAACAUCUCCUUCUGUGCAUUAAAGAGCUGGUUGUUUUAGACCAAUAGUACAAUUUUUCUACCACGAACUCAGGAAAUAUGCUGUUUAAUUGGAUGAGUUAAGUGAUUUUCAGUUUUAACUCACAUGUAGGACUUUUUCUUUGUAAUGUAAUGUCUGCUUUGAACACAGAGAAUAAUUAAAACAGUAAUGCACAACUAAGACACAGUGGUGAUGUCCUAGUCCCAAAAUUCACCUCCUGUUAUCAAAAGGAUGUAUGAUGCAUGAAUGCAGUCAUUUUCAUUGAUCCAAAAUGGCCUUUACAGUGCAAUCACAGUUAAUUUAGUGGAAAAGGGAUGAUUCCAGAUGGACAGUUCCUAGUGUCAUCAAUUGGAAGGUGUUGUGUAUCUGUCCCAUGUUUUUCUCUUUAAUUUUUUUUCUGAUAGAAAAAAAGAUGGAAGAUAAAGAGGAAAAACAUGGAAGGAUAUAACUGGAAUAAAAUUAUAUCUUGACCUGCUAUAAAAUUGAUUGUUUGAAGCAGGACCUUUACAGGAUAAAAGCUUCAUCUGAAAGCACCCCAAGUCAAAAGAAACCUUCUAGUAUAUUUGCAUUGUCACAUCUACAAGGGUUGUGUGGGACAAAUCCAUGGUGUAAAUAGCUUGUCCACUCUUGUGUCCCCCAAUCCCCAUGUCCCCAUUUAUUGUAGCAUACAUUGGAGUGCAGCAUGUGUAUGAGGAGAAAGAAAAAUCCAACUGCAAAACGUUUGUUUUACUUCUUUGUAAAGAAUUCUAGAGAACUGUAAGCCUAGUCACUUUAUAGAAUGUUACAUGUUGAUUUUCUAAUUCCUUUGGCUGAUGGAAAGGCACAGGAUAAGAAGCAUAACAAUCUAUAUUAAUACUCCAUUUAAUAGUAAACUAUAUGAUCUCUGUGAAGUGUCAAAAUAUGCAGUUUCCUAUACCCCAAUAAAUCUGGUCUUGCUUAUGGUAGGAAAGGGAAUGGAAUACAGCCCUUGUUGUCACUCAGUUCAACAAGGCAAUGUUCAAACAUGCAGUUUGCGUGGUGUAGCCUUCCCCAGUCUAUUGUCCUACAGACAUAUUGGUCCACAACUCCCAUCAUCCCUGCCUAGCAGGCUGUAAACUAUAGGACACUAGGUCAAACACACCUGAAGGAGUUGAGGAAGGCUGUUGGAAGAGAUCGGUGAGAACAGGAGUCACAAUGAGAAACAGGUAAAGUAACAUCUGCAGAGGUGUGGAUCUUUAGCCCUCAUGUAGUUGCUGAACUAUUGUUCCUAUCAUACCUCAUCACUGGCCAGGUUAGCCACUGCUGAAGGGAAUUUCAGCUCAGCAGUAUUUGGAAGGUCAGAUGUUCGCCAGUCCAGGCCUAAUAACAUCACACUGAAGUUUACACAAACUGAUCAAAUUGUGUGGCCAUACUUAGGCUCACUUCACACAUUUAUAAAAUGGUUGCCCUAUUUGCAUGCUGAAGGACUAGGUGCCUGCCUUUGUCUACAGCAGAUGAAAUCAUAUGCAACAGUUACAACAAAUGUGAGGUUCAUAGUUGCAUAAACUGAGACUCAUCCAGAUCAGGCAUCCAUCCACCUUGUACGUUAUGUGCAAUAGUCAACUAAGGGCUGGUGGGUGCUGUAUCCAACAUACCUGAAGAAGGCUGGUCCAGGCCUUAGGUUUUUAUGGUAAUAAAUAUUGAAAUGCUUGGCUCUGUGGUGUGAGUUUUCAGCAAACAUUUAUCCUCUGCAAGCACAUUUCACUUGUUUUGUGUAAAAUGAACGGCAUUGGGGAAGACACAGUAUUCCUCAUGUAUCAUUCUGCAGUGACACUACUGGAACAGCAAGUGUUUUGAUUACCAGUUCCUUUUCCCUCUUACUUGCUUCCCAUCAACUGGACAAACUUACUUUAAAGUAUGCAAGAAUUGUUGCGUUAGAGUAUCUUGUUAAAGAACCACAUCCACUAACUACUGUAUUUGUAACUUUUUAAAUGAUGUAGAGCUUGACAGUUGCUCUAAGUAUAACUUAUUUUUUUUAAGUAUUGUGUACAUAUUAGAUGCACUAUGUUUCAUGGCUGCAGGUGUAUAAACUGUGCUAGAAUAACUGCACUGAGCAUCUGUAUAUGGGAACAAUAACUGUGAGUUAUAGUCCACUUGAAAUUGGUCACAGAUUAUGUUGUAGUCUGUUUCUAAAUAUAACACAACUGUGCAAAAUGA